UGCUCAUGCUGCUUCCAUCUGAUACCGACUGGAUGCAGAGCAAAGAUUUUCCAGCAGCUUCCCGAGUCUCUGCUCCCAUCUCCAUCCUCUCUUCAUCCCCUUCUCCUGUAACAUCUAAAGCUUAUCCUGUUUCUUUUACUUCCGUUUGUUCCCGAACAGGAUGUGGCACUCUAUGGCUCUUCUCCUCUCUGGACUCUUCGCUUUGAUCAAUGUGUCGGUGCAGGGGCCUCACCAGAGGAACCUGCUAAAAAACCUCCUGAAGGACUACAACCGAAUGGAGCGGCCAGUAGGAAACGAUUCCCAUCCUCUGAAGGUCUACUUUACUCUCAAUUUGAUACAGAUCAUGGAUGUGGAUGAGAAGAACCAGGUGUUAACCUCCAACAUGUGGCUUCAGAUGAGUUGGUACGAUCACUACCUGCAGUGGAACCAGAGCGAACACCCUGGGGUGAAAAAUCUUCGCUUCACCACCGAUCAGAUCUGGACUCCAGACAUUUUGCUCUACAACAGUGCAGAUGAUGACUUCGACUCCACGUUUAAGACCAACGUCCUGGUGAACUCCAGUGGCUAUGCCAAGUAUCUGCCUCCAGGAAUCUUUAUGAGUACUUGCAACGUAGAUGUUCGCUGGUUCCCAUUCGACAUCCAAAAAUGUGAGUUAAAGUUUGGCUCCUGGACUUAUGACGGCUGGCUGCUGGACCUCCAGAUGAUUGAUGCAGACAUCUCAGGAUACAUGCCAAAUGGAGAGUGGGAUCUAGUCGGUGUUCCUGGAACCAGAAAUGAGCUUUUUUAUGAUUGCUGCCAGGAGCCUUACCCAGACGUGACGUUUGUGAUUACAAUUCGAAGACGGACGCUCUACUACGCCCUGAACCUGCUCAUCCCGUGUGUGCUGCUUUCUUCUAUGACCCUCCUGAUCUUCGUGUUACCAGCUGACUCUGGAGAAAAGAUCUCUCUGGGUAUCACCGUGCUGCUGUCUCUCACUGUUUUUAUGCUGCUGGUUGCUGAGAUAAUGCCCGCCACAUCUGACUCUGUCCCUCUCAUAGGUCAGUACUUUGCCAGCAUAAUGAUCAUCGUUGGGAUGUCAGUCGUUGCCACAGUGGUUGUUUUACAGUAUCAUCACCAUGAUCCAAACGGAGGAAACAUGCCAAAAUGGGUGCGGAUCGUUUUGUUGCAGUGGGUAGCCUGGUUCCUCAGGAUGAAGCGUCCAGGGGAGAACGACGAUCCAGAACGACCUCCCUGCGCCCCUCACCUGCGGCGAUGCUCCUCGGGAUCACAGAGCGGCAGCAUUCCAAACCCUCCUGAUCCAACCCUCCACCCCCUGCACCCACAGAGUCUGACACCUCUCCAGACGGGGCCCCUCCAUGCUGGACACCCUCAUCUGCAAACCAGUGCCAACAAUAACGGGAAUCUUCUCUAUAUGGGUUUCCAGAGCAUUGAGGAUUCUUCUGUGCUCUCAGAGCCCGUCCAGAGGAAUAACAUCUCUGUUGGACCUCCCCGGGUGGCUGGAAGUCCUCCUCCUCACCUUCCAUCUCAGUUCUGCAGCUCCCCCCCUCCUCCAACUCCAAACAUGGACACAAUAGGGUGUCCCAGCACUGUCUCUAGUGGCGGGGGGUUUGGAGGGGGAGCAGGAGGGUGCUCGACGUCCGUGAUGGGAGACCCUCAGCUGCAGGCUAUCCUGGAGGAGGUGCGCUACAUGGCAGACCGCUUCAGAGAGCAGGAUGAGUCGGAGAGCAUGGCUGAUCAGUGGAAAUUCGCAGGUGCUGUUAUUGACCGCCUCUGUCUGGUGGCGUUUAGUGUUUUCAACAUCAUCUGCACCAUCUCCAUUCUCAUGUCGGCUCCUAACUUUGUGGAAGCUAUUUCUAAGGACUUUGUUUGAGGGGGGGG